AGUGUCACACCGACUAAACUGACAUUGUCAGUGUCACUCACAGGUUUUAUAUAGUAUUUCAUCACGUAAUUUUUGAAAUAAGUAUUUGCUAAAAUUGGAAAUUCCAAUGGUUAUAGGAAAAGUACUGUCUAGAAAUAAAAGAUUGCUACUAAGGGCUAAAUCACUCACAACACAAAUAUCAUGUCUAUCUUCAAAACCAACGGCUUCAGAAGUUCUCACAGCAUAUUUGACCCAAUGUAAAGAACCUCCUUGGACCUCAUACUUUGUGAAGUACAGUAGUGUAAAGAAUGAUCAAUAUGGAAUGUCAAAUUUCAACUGGAAGGUUGGUAGUUCAAACUAUCAGAUAUUGAGGACUGGCUGUUUUCCUUACAUCAAGUACCAUUGUUCGAAAAAAGCAGCCGAAGAUUUGUCAACAUCGGACAAGUUCAUGAGAGCCAUUAAAGUUGUUAAUCUAGGUAUACCAUGUUUGCUAUAUGGUCUGGCAGCUACACAACUAAUAAGACAUGAAGAAAUAGUACAUACUUCUAAAGGACCAGUCACAAUAUACUUCCUAAUACCAGAAGAAAAGGGAUCCCGAUACUAAUGAGAUAAACCUUUUUUAUUGGCCUUAAAUAUGCCAAAUGACUGAUCAACUUAGCAAUCCAUAUAAGCUCAUAGUUAUCUCUUAUUUAUUUUUGAAAUGAAACAGCCAUGGGAAGUAUUUGACUAGUAGUCAAAUUGUUAAUGCUUGUUUUCAAAUAAUGUUAUAUAAAACUAAAGCAUCAUUUAAACAUAGUUAUGUUGCUAUCAAUUCUGAGAAAAAAUAUUUAUUUGUAUAUUUAAUGCUUAUCCUGUUCAGUCAGAUGAUAUUCAGUACCUUCAGGGUCCAUUCAGAUAGACCGGCUCGGAGAGCAUCGGCGCGCAUUUUUCUUUUCACACAGACUGGAGUCAGCUUCGAUCGGCUGCGUGAGAUGCAAUCGGAACCGAACGUCUGCGGGAGCCGGUCGGCUCCUCUUAUUAUUUUAUACCAAGCGCCUUCGAGCAUUCUUAAUGUCAACAGCAGUAUACAUGAAAAAAUAAAGCCGAGCCGGUCUGUCUGAACGGACCCUAAUUCUUUCUAACUUCAGAUUUUAAUAACCAAUAUAUCCAUUGUUUUGCAAUAAAGAUUGAAAUUGCGAAACAAAGAAUAGAUUGCUUAUUGAAGUCCACAUUAAAUAGACAAACACAGUGCAAAUAGUCUAUGUUUACAAAACACUAAAACAUGACCCUUCUUGGUAGUUGGGUAAAAACAUGUUAUUGUAUGUAAUCAUUAUUUAUUUUGUACAUUCAGGGGCAUUAUGUGAUAGAUAAUUUAUAAUAGAUAAACAAUUGUUUAUUGUUAGAACUCACAUUUUUUACUGUUUUGUUUUUUAAGUUUUUUUUUCUUUAGUAAUUAGUGAAGUUUCAUGAUUUGUUGAUAGUUAAAAUGUGAAUAAAUAACGAUAUUACUACA